GCAGGCGUCCAGGGGUCUGCCGGUGUCGUCCUUGCAGGGAUCAGAGGAGGAGGACAGUGUGGCGUUCAAGGUCUCAAAUCCCGCCACGGGAACCCGGCUUCUCCAGCAGCAGGUGCACUGGAGGUACCGCAGCUCCAGCUCGGGGAGGGAACCGUGCUGAGGGCCGCGGAACAAACCAGACGGCCCCGCAUACUGAGCUGUGGAGAUCAGUGUGUCUUCAGAUGGACUGAAACUUUUAUAAUGUCGGCUUCUGCACAACACGUGAGUAUCGAGUUAUGUGUAAAUAACUUUUGGACUUACUUUAAACAGAAAAGUAACUCCCCAAAGCUGGGUACGUUAAAGGAAAAUGGACUAAACACAUCAAGCUAUAAGAAAUAUUAUCAUAACCGUUAAAAAAAAUACCACUUGCAUAUGCAACUAGCUAGCUACAUUGCUCCUCAAAUUUAAAUUAAUAGAGGGAAUAAGUCAGAUGAUUUCACAACAGUUACUUACCUCUCUUGACGAGCAACGACAGAAAUCUCCUGGCGACCCACAUCGUCGUUAUUUAGAAUAAAUAUUUGACAAUUUGUGAUACAACAUCAUGUGAGUUUGUCCUUUGGUUAUUUAGUGUCCGACGGAUUCAACUGACCGGUGUAGCACAACAAACACCGCUGCGAUUAGUUCCGGGUGGUUCUUCUUCCUUGUUUAUUGGACGUUAAAAGUAUCUGCCGCCACCUAGUGGAUGGGAGUGUGUAGAGUUCUUGGAUGAAAUGAUAUGAUUUCUGCAGGCCUACUUCAGUACGGGAAGAACUGUGUGGGAUACUGCAGUAUAUGCAGUUCAUCCUGAGUAUAGACUGCCUGUAUCACAUAGUGUCUAUUACAUUUAUGCUGUCCAUACUAUUUACGUUGUCCCCACUGUCCAUCCUGUUCAUAUUGUGUAUUCCGGCCAUUUAUUACUACAUGCAGAUUUAUAGUUAUCUGUAUUCAUAUUUUUGUCUACAGCUAUUGUAAUUAUAUUUUUAGUGUGUUCAUACUACAUGUAUACUGUUCAUAUAACAUACUGUUUAAACCCAUAUUGCAUAUAAUACACAUUGCUGCUAUUUUUGCACUUGCGGUUUGAUGCUAAACUACAUUUCCUCAUUUUAGCACUUUGUGCAAAGAAACAAAAUUAAUGCAUGUCGAUAUAUUUAAUUAUGUAUGCUAAUUAUAAUGAUGGCUAAUAAUCUGAAGGUUGAAAAUCCUAUUAAGUUUUUUAUGCAAACAAAAAAACAGGCCUUAAAUAAACAUUGGAUUGUAAAAUAGUUGAUUUAAAGGCAGCCACACAAGGGCUGACAAGAAGAGAGAGUCAGAUGCUAUAACAUGCUUAAUACAGGCUGGUGAGAGGCCCAAAGCAAAAGGAAGUAUAUUUAUGCUCUCGAGACCACCUUUGUUGUCUGUAUUCUCCACAUAUGUACAAUAUCGUAACAAUAUCUACUCCUUUUCUUCUCAGCUGUGUUGGAAUAUAACACUUUAAACACAUAUUGCAAAGAUUAAAAGUGUACAGUGUUCCUUUGGCAACCUUUUGUGUUAGAUUGGGAGCUGCUGCUUAUACUGAAGUUUUGCCUAUUUUUAUGGUGUAAAAGGAUGUGCAGGUAAAAUAGAAAAUAACGACGCCUAAAAGAGAAAAAAUCUAGCAGAGACACAUCCGAGGUUCAAAACUGACAAUUGGGUACAUUCUGAAAAAAGGCUAAGGAAAACUAGAAAAUGGCAAACGAUCCGGUUGGUGGGAGACCACAAGUGUAAUUGAUGAGUGAACGAUAAUUUGCAUGGUGCAGAAAAAAACCCUUGAUGACUGCACAGCAAGUCAUGAAUUCUCUCCUGGAUGUAAAGUUAUGCAUGUUUCCCUCUGAGAGAACUUAAUGGCCGAAUUAGAGGAUUCACCGCAAGAUGCAAAUCCCUGGUGAUGCCUCAACUACAGGAACACCAGGUUUUUGAGGUUUGAAAACCUUCCUAAAAGAGUAGUUUUAGUUUUAUAGACCAGUGAAACAAAAAUCAACCUUUGUAGUGGCAGGAUGAAGAAAGUGUGCAGAAAAAAAGAAUCAGCUCAAUAUCCACAUCAUAACCAAAAACACAUACAUGUACUGCAGCCCAGAGCCUGAAAGACAAAAAAAAACAAAAGAAAGUGUAGCUGUUAACUGAACGUAUGUGAUAUAUUUUGCAUUACGUUUAGCAAUAAAGUACAAAACCAUAGUUAGUUGGAUUUAUAUUUUAAUAAGCAUUAUAGUUUUGCACUUCUAUUCUACUGCAUUUCAGAGGGAAAUAUGUAUUAUACCUUUUAGUCAACUGCAUUUAUUUCACAGCUUAUUCUUCUUUUAGCUAACCAGCCAAAAACUCUCUUCAUCUGCAGCAAAGAUAAUAUGAAAAUGUUUCUUUCCCGCUAAUGUUUCAGUAAUAAUCCACUAAUAACUCUGAGAGGGGCCAUUCUGCAGCUUAAUGAGCACUUUUGGAGCACUUUAAUGAGGUAUUGAAUGCAAGACUUUCACUUGUAACAGUGUGAAUGUUUAGACUGUACUGCUUUUUCUUACACCACAUUUUACCCAACAUCUCUCUCAGACAGAAAGAAUAAUCGUCAUGAAGUUCAGGUAUUUUGCUGGGCAUCAUUAGUUAGUUAUGUGGAAAUAAACGGGUGAAAGAGUACAUUUGUUAUGUAUGAUCUGUUAGCUUAUUUUGCAUUUCCAACUUAUUGAUCCAAGUUUAAAUUUAAAAACUUUAAAAACUAUCUUAACUGAGCUUUCUCACUGCUUUGGUGUUCUUUUUUUGAAUGGCACAAACGUAGCGCAGUGGCUCCCUUCUGCCUUGAUCCAGCAGCAGGUACACUGCAGUACACUCUUCAUACAGGCAGUUGGAUCUAAACUGAAAAAGUCUUUUUUUCAUGGCAGCAGCAGGGAGCCUUGUGAACUCCUUCUUCUUGCGUUGCCACUGACCUUUACUUUGAAAACAAUGGAAGUGGUGGCGACAAACCAACAGUCGACUCCCUGAAGCAACUCAGAGUUUUGCAUUACAUCAAAGCCAAGAUAAGAAGGUUUUAAAUGUUUGAUUAUAAAAUCUAAUGAAUAUACAGUAUAAUCCACUGAUAAGAAAUGCACAGACGUAUAUGACAUGCUUGUCAGAAAACUUACCAAGAUUGUAGCUUGUGAUGAAACUGUGCUCAUGAUUUUGUUGGGUAAAGACUCUGCUUAGUCACACUUGCAGGUGCUUUCAUUGGUUUUGGUGAUAAGACCUCUGUUCAGGUUGUAGGUGAGUAAAGCUCGGAAUCAGAUCCAUAUAUCUAUUUAAGUGGUGAAAGUGGAAUUUGCUCAGCAACAAAGGCAAGAAAGUUUAACAGACAGAUCAGGGAAAUGUAAAUCAAGUUGUGUUCAAAAGUCCUACAAACAGGCACAAGAAGAGGAAACAUUUGUAUUUGUAUUUUAACUUUUAAUUGAACAAAACCUUGUCCAAUUUUUUGCACUGUGUACAAAAAGUCUAUAUGAUUUCCUACAAGAAAGAGAUGUGAAAGGUUCCAGCUCCCCAGGACCCUACAGUGGAUCAAGUGGUCUAUAGAAAAUAGAUGCCCAGAUAUUCUCGUUUAAGAUAGGCCCUAACUCUAUAAACAACAUAACAUCUCCUCCACACAGUCAAAAUCACUGUUUUCUAUGGAACUACAAGUCUAUCAGCCUGAUGGUGUAAGUCAAUCACCCAGUAACAGAGUGACGUGUGUUUCACUUCCUUUCUCAGUUAUUUCUGGACCUCUGCGUUUGUAUGCAGAACAAUAAACUUCAUGAUGCUGCCCUGGUAAGAGGAAAUACUGGUCCACCGGCCAGUGAGAAGAAAUGAUGUUUUCACCUGCUACAGCGCCAGAUAGUUCUUUAAUAUACGAUAUGUAGAAUCACUAUGGAGUUAAUGCCUAGUAGAUGUUUUGUUGGGAUUUGUCUGUCAGUCUGACCGAAGCAAACUACCUUCAUCUAUGGCCAAUCUGGAAAGAAAUAACAAAAUCCUACUGGAUUUGGUGCGACAGCCGGGAAAUAACUUGUGUGCUGACUGUGGGGUUCCAGAGCCUGACUGGGCGUCCUACACUCUUGGCGUCUUUGUGUGUCUGAACUGCUCAGGGAUGCAUCGUAAUUUGCCCGCUGUCAGCAAAGUGAAAUCCAUUCGGCUGGACCAUUGGGAUGAUUCACUAGUUGAGUUCAUGCAGGAGAGGGGUAACUCUGCAGCCAAAGCCAUUUUUGAAAAGUGCGUCCCUGCCUUUUUCUACCGGCCACAACAGAAAGACUGUGUUGUUCUUAGGGAUCAGUGGAUCCGUGCUAAAUAUGAAAGACGUGAAUUCACAGAAGAAGACAACUACUUUCUGCAAGCAUAUAACUCAGAUCUGUUUGAGUCAACACUAUGGAAGAAAGGCAAAGACAACAAGCAGUUUCUAAAGAGGAUCUUCCUGCUGUCGAGGAAAGACUUCACCCUCAGAUACUUCAUUAAAGAAGAUUCCAAGGUUCCCAAAGCUGUCAUCAGCAUGAAGAAUCUGAAUGCAGUUUUCCAGCCGGAGAAGAUCGGUCAUGCUCAUGGUCUGCAGAUCUCCUACCUGGAGGACGAACGUAUGAGGAACCUGUUUGUUUACCACACCAACGGGCAGACAGUUGUGUCUUUUUUCAAUGCUAUCCGGGCAACACGGUUCGCAUACCUCCUGAAGAAACAUCCUACUCUCCGAGACAACGAUUUAAUACCUCAAAUAACAACACUUUGCCUGAAGGAGGGGUACAUGGAGAAAACCGGCCCGACGCAACGGGAGCCAUUCAAGAAGAGAUGGUUCACACUGUGCUCAAUGAACAGAAAGCUUCUGUAUUUUAAAUCUCCACUGGAUGCAACAGAGCUGGGCGCUGUGUUCAUUGGCACAGAAGAUCACGGAUAUUCUGUUUCGGAAAGCAGCAGCCGGGGAAUGAGAGGAGGAAGAUGGCACCGUGGGAUCACAUUUGAGACCCCAGGCAGGCAGUUCGUGUUCAUGUGUGAACAGGAGCAGGAUCAGAAGGAGUGGAUGGAGGCCUUCAGAAAGGUCAUCUCUCAACCCAUGACACCAGAGGACUACGCUAAUGAAGCCAACUUAAGAAGGGGGAAGUGAUUGGAGCACCUGCUGGUUUGCAAGAAGACUUAAGUAUCCUUUUGGGACAUGACAUAAAGAUGAACCAUAUCAUCAACUCUAACACUUUGCACAAGCUCCAAGUACACAGUCUGCAAUGUGACACUUUGGAGGCAAUUAAAUCUGAGCUCACUGGAGUCAAAUAUUGUAUUUAUUACACAUGACGACUUUAAAAACAAAUCAUUUAAUUUUAGUUGAGAUGUUGUAUUUUUUUGUGCUUGAUUUCAUUUGCACAUUUUCACAAUAUUAGGAUUUUCUUACACUUUUUCACUGUAGCUGUCAGGAGUCUGUGAAACUUUCAUCAUAUAAAAACGUAAUAAACAGUUAAAUCCUGCUUUUAA